UGGCCUGUGAGGAUAUUUUGCAGUGUCCCAGCAUCCCUCCUAUACCAGUUUGUACAGGAACUGGAUACAGAUGAAAAGGAAAUCAUGGGGUUCUUGUGCAGUGAUCUCAUGUCUGACGUAUCUACACCUGGUGGCCUACAACUCUUAACAGCUUUGAAUGAAAAGGAGAAGCUGACCACCAUCAACUUAUCUGAACUGUUAUACAGGCUGAAAAGAUUUGAUUUGUUAAAGAAGUUCCUGGGGACUGGAAGAGCAGCCGUGGAAGCCAGUUUGGCCACGCACCCUCAGAUGUUGUCAAAAUACAGAGAUUUUAGCUCC